UAGAGAGACUGACUAACUCUUGCACAGCUUUCCCAGCCAUUCUAUCUGUGUAGGCCUGUCUGUCCCUGUCUGACUCACUGAUCUGGGGCCAGCGGGAGUUUACAACUGUGCCCAUCCACUCACACUCCCAUCAGUCUCCACCUGAUUCCAGACCUGCCUGCCAGGGUUGACUUUGGCUCCCCCAGCCUGGCUACUGAUGAAAGACAAGGAGAGAAGUUAACGAGAGUUUAGACAGACACACACCUUACACAGCACACAGGUGGUCAGGACCCUCAUCAGGGAUCAAAGGACCUGAAUCAACUUAAUUUGGACAAAUCUUCUCCCUUUCUCCUGUGAUGUUGAGUUCAAUGAGUCCAUGUUAUUUAGCCGACCUGAGUCACCCUUAGUUUGUUUUGGUCCAAAACCUAUUAUCAUCUGUUAGUGAUUGUCCCUCAAUGGGUUUCAUAAUGUUUUGGUGUCACAUCUGAAUCACCUGCCUAUUACUCAACUCUCUUACCUCUCUGGCCUGACUCAUUUUUAUCUUCCUUAACCCUUAUAUUGUACCUGUCUGUUAGUCUGCCCCCCCCCAUCUCUCUCAUAUCUCUUAUCUCUAUCUCUCUCUCCUGACUCGCCUGUUUGUCUGUCCCUCCAUUGGUACGACAGGUGAGGGCUGGCCCUCCUAAAGAGGAAGUGUGUGUGUGUGGUGAAGCAGCAGGUGGCUGGCGGGUUAAUGGUAUAGUGGCAAACGGUGUAAAGGAACGGUUACACCAGAGCGCAGGUAUGAGGGUGUGACGAGAUCCUGGAGGUCCUCCAGAUUCACCUGUCCUCCUAGUCCAAGCCCCACCUGCUGGAAAGUGGGAGGGAGGGAAGAAGAGAGGUGUGCCGUGCCGUGGUAACUCUUUGCAGAACGAAGGUAUGAGCUGAGAGCAGUGUGUGAUACUGAGUGCGUUAGCUGCUUCGUGGGAAAGAUUGACUUGGAUUGAAUACAGUAGGCUGGAUCUCUUGGCGUUAUUUUGGUUCUGUGGAAUAUCUCACACAAUUCCAUUGUAGCCUACUGCUCCCUUGAGUGGCUGGGGCUAAGCGACGUGGACCAGCGCCUCUACGUGUUGGAGCGCCUGGAGGAACUGGUGACGCUACAGGGCCAGCAGGAGACCCCCACCGGACCCCCCAGAGACCCCCAUCUCGGUACCUGUCCUCCCCAGCAUCCGCAGCAUCAUGAGCAGCAGAGCCCAGUGAGAGCGGUGCCGGAGGAGCCCAGUGAGAGCAGCCACACAGUUGGUUCUGAAGAGGGCGAGUCAGAAAAAGGAGAAGAGCUGCAGGAAAUAGCAGUGGAAAUGUUUCGGAAAAAAGCUUCGUCCUCCUUGAGAAUGAGAAGAAUAUCAGAAAGCAAUAGAUGGAACAUCGACCGCGGGCGCAGUUCGUCCUUCCAUGAGGUGCGUGGUCUUCGGGAGGCUGAGAUGAGGGCGGCGGCCGACGAGACGUCCAGCAGCAGCAGUGGCAGCAGCAACACCGUCCUGCAACGACUCCUCCAGGAGCAGAUGCGCUAUGACGAGGGACGCAACUACCAGCUGGCCAUGCAGGAGCAGCAACGGCAGCGGCAGCAGCAGGAAGGAGGGGUGAGCGGGGGCUACCCGGGCCAGGGAGGCCCCAACGACGACCGGCACGACUCCAUGGUGCCCCACAUCGCACGGCAGGAGCCCCAGGGACAGGAGCUGCAGGCAGACAGUGGCAUGGAGAAACUGGGCUCCCGUGGUGGGGGAAGUAGUGGAGUAGGAGGGAUGAGUGGUGCUGGGGGAGGGAGCGGCCAGGGCCCCAACCCAGAGGACUUACCCACCUACGAGGAGGCCAAGGUGCAGUCGCAGUACUUUCGCGGCCACCCGCACCACCAGCUACAUCAACAACAACAACAACAACAACAACAGUUGCCUCCGUCGGUGGGCGCAGCAUUUUACGUGACGGCUGUAACCAACAAUGGCAAGGUGCGUACGGAGGGGCGUCCCACGGUUCAGCGUCUGAGCAGUGGGGGAAAGGUGCACCAGGACGACGGGCUCAAGGACCUGAAGCAGGGCCACGUGCGCUCCCUCUCCGAGCGCCUCAUGCAGCUCUCGCUGGCCACCAGCGGGGUCAAGGCCCACGCCCCUGUCACUAGUGCCCCUCUUUCCCCCCAGCUGCCCCCUCCGGGUCCGCCGGGGGACUACUACAAGCCCUCGGGCCAACACCGGGGCCCCCCACCUGACUACCCCUUCAAGAACAUGGGCUCCUCUUCCAAACAGCUGCCACAGCAUCAGGAACAAGGUGGGCACUAUUACCAGGACCAUCGGCCAAGGGAGCAGGGCAGGAACGAGGUGCCACACGUCCGCUACCAGCCUCCGCCAGAGUACGGCUCCUUCAGGUCCAAUAAGGAGAGCUCCGUCCACUCCCAGAGGUCUGUCCAUCACCACAGCCCCACCUCCUCGGUCACCUCAGUGGGCUCUCUGUCCCGAGCCCAGUCCUCCACCCUCGGUAGUCUCCUCAGCGCCUCCCACCCCUCCCACACACACCCCCACCCCCAGGGGGACCCCUACGCCGCCAUGGCUCCCCGAAGCCCCCAGGGCCCUGGAUCACACCAGGGAGACCCAUAUUGUCCCGGGCCCAUGCACCCUCCAAUUCAGAGGGGCCACAGCUUCCCACACGACCCCUACGGCUCCACCUCCAGGAUGCACCACCAGCAGCACCACCAGUAUCAACAACAGCAGCAACAACAACAACUCCAACACCAGCACCAACAGUACCACUCCCAGUCAUCCCAGGGCCACCCUCCCCAGCACUACCCCCACCCCCAGGGGGACCCCUUCGCCAUGAUGUCCCGCGCCCAGCAGAUGGUGGACAUGGUGUCAGAGGAGAACCGGCUGCUGAAGCAGGAGAUGGAGGUGUGCUGCGAGAAGGUCACCAAGCUGCAGAAGUUGGAGACAGAGAUCACGCUGGUGUCGGAGGCCUAUGAGAACCUGGCCAAGUCAUCCACUAAGAGGGAGGCUCUGGAGAAAACCAUGAGGAACAAGCUGGAGCUGGAGGUGCGCAGGCUGCACGACUUCAACAGGGACCUCAGAGAGCGUAUGGAUACUGCCAACAAGCAGCUAGCUGCUAAGGAGUGGGAGGGAACGGAAGACAACCGAAAGACCAUCUCUCAGCUACUCACCCAGAACAAAGAGACGGUGCGUGAGAAGGAGAAGCUGGAGAUAGAGCUGAACUCACUGCACUCCUCCACGGACGACCAGAGACGACACAUUGAGAUCAGGGACCAGGCUCUCAACAACGCCCAGGCCAAAGUAGUCAAACUGGAGGAGGAGCUGAAGAAGAAGCAGGUGUAUGUGGAGAAGGUGGAGCGCAUGCAGCAGGCCCUGGCCCAGCUCCAGGCUGCCUGUGAGAAGAGAGAGCAGCUGGAGCACCGCUUACGCACGCGGCUGGAGCGGGAGCUGGAGUCACUACGCAUGCAGCAGAGACAAGGCGGCUCCCAGAGCAGCAGCAGUGGUCAGGAGUACAAUGCCACGGCUCUGAUGGAGCACCUGAGGGAGAAGGAGGAGAGGAUCCUGGCCCUGGAGGCAGACAUGACCAAGUGGGAGCAGAAGUACCUGGAGGAGAGCGUCAUGAGGCAGUUUGCCUUAGACGCUGCCGCCUCCGUCGCCACCCAGAGGGACACGUCGUCGUCAAUGAUAAGCCACUCCGCCAGCAGCAGCUAUGAGCAGCAGCUGUCAGUGGAGGCUCGUAUCCAGAAGGAGGAGGAGGAGAUCCUGCUGGCCAACCGCCGCUGUCUUGACAUGGAAAGCAGGAUCAAGAACCUGCACGCCCAGAUCAUUGAGAAGGAUGCCAUGAUCAAAGUGCUCCACCAGCGUUCCAGGAAGGAUCCCAACAAGGACCGGGAUGCCGCGGCCACCAUGCGACCCUCCAAGUCUCUGAUGUCCAUCGCCAACACGGGCGGCUCGGGCCUGCUCUCACACAGCUUGGGCCUCAGCAGCUCCCCCAUCACAGAAGAGCGCAAGGACAGCAGCUGGAAGGGCAGCCUGGGAGUUCUGUUGGGUCCAGAGUACCGUACCGAUUCUCUGAGGACAGAGUCCAUCUCGUCAUCUCCCUCCCCGGUCCUGCCCCUGACAGCAGGCCACUCUAAGACGGGCAGCAGGGACAGCUGCACCCAGACAGACAAGGGCCAGAACCAGGAGGCUAGCAGCAAGCCUAGCACCCCAGCCCUGCAGAGCACGACCCUGCCUAGCCGCCUCUCCAGCCCCAGCCCAGUCUACAUACCUGACCGCAUCGCAGAUGUGCCAGUGUUCCACAGCAGUACCCUGGAGAGGCGUGUCAUGGUGCAGUCCCACCCCCAGGCCACAUCAGCCCCACAACAGGAGGACAAUGACAUGGUGGAGAUUCUCAUCUGAACUGAACCAUGUCCUCUAUAGGUCACAGGACAGGAGGACAAUAUGUGUUUGUGCAUAAUCAAUACA